UUGACGCUCGGUGGUCUCUGUUCGGGGAGCUUUUUCUCUCCGCGUCGCUGCUUUUAAUCGCGGUUCUCAUCAGCCCUUCGAGGCCAGGGACGGUUCCGUGGAUCUAUCCGGAACUCCGGGUCUGCACUGGGGAGCGGCCCGGUGGUUCUGUGUCCGGGCGGGGGCACCUGGAGAGCCCCGGGCCCACAGCGGGAGCAGCCCCCUGAUCUGACCCAGAAAGCAGCGCUGACGGCCGGGGGCUGGCUGUCCACCAACAGGACGGUUAGCAUCCCGCUGCUGCUGCGGAGCUCAGAGGGAGGCGAGAACCGAGAACUGUUCUUUUAUCCGCUGUGAGAAUAUUUCUGCAUAUCUGGAAGAUUUUUUCGUAUUUUUCUACACAUUUCUUUAUUUUUUUUGUGGGGCGCGGAGGGCCAGCGAGGAGCUAGCUCCUAGCUAGCUGCCCCCGCUAGCCUCAUCUGUCCGGAGCAGAGAGAGCGGAGGAAUCGGGGGCUGCUCAGCCGGUCCCUGGUGCCUGGUUAACGGACCUCUGGGAACCAUGGCUGCUAAUCUAAUCAAGGAAAUCGUUAGCAGGAACAAACGGCGGUACCAGGAGGACGGCUUCGACCUGGAUCUUACCUAUAUCUAUCCCAACAUCAUCGCCAUGGGCUUCCCCGCUGAGCGGCUGGAGGGCGUCUACAGAAACAACAUAGACGACGUUGUCCGGUUCUUGGAUUCCAAGCACAAGAAUCACUAUAAGAUUUAUAAUCUGUGUGCAGAGCGGCACUACGACACCUCCAAGUUCAACUGUCGGGUGGCUCAGUAUCCAUUCGAAGACCACAACCCGCCUCAGCUGGAGCUGAUUAAACCCUUCUGCGAGGACCUGGACCAGUGGCUCAGCGAGGACGAGCAGCAUGUGGCCGCCAUCCACUGCAAGGCAGGGAAAGGUCGCACUGGAGUCAUGAUUUGUGCCUAUUUGCUGCACCGAGGGAAGUUCCAGGAAGCUCAGGAGGCCCUAGACUUCUACGGAGAGGUCCGGACCAGGGACAAGAAGGGUGUCACCAUUCCCAGCCAGCGCCGCUAUGUCAUCUACUACAACUUCCUGCUCAGGAACCGGCUGCACUACAAACCCGUGGCUCUGCUCUUCCACAAAAUGCUCUUUGAGACCGUCCCCAUGUUCACAGCCGGGACCUGCAACCCGCAGUUCGUGGUCUACCAGCUCAAGGUCAAAAUCCACACCUCCAACCCGGCUUACACCCACAGGGAGGACAAGCUGAUGGUGUUUGAGUUUCCUCAACCGCUUCCCGUCUGCGGAGACAUCAAGGUGGAAUUCUUCCACAAGCAGAACAAGAUGAUGAAGAAGGAAAAGAUGUUCCAUUUCUGGAUCAACACGUUCUUCAUCCCCGGACCGGAGGAGACAUCGGACAGAAUAGAGAACGGCAGCUCUGGAAGCCUUCGGGAUCUCUCGCACAGAGCGUUUCAGAACCCGGGAAUCCUGAUGGGAAGCGAGACCAACGACAGAGACUUCCUGGUUCUGACGCUCAACAAGAACGAGCUGGAUAAAGCCAACAAGGAUAAAGCCAACAAGAACUUCUCUCCAAACUUUAAGGUCAAACUAUUCUUCACGAAGACGGUGGAGGAAGGAGCCAACUGUGACACCUGCAGCACGUCGGCGUCGGUGACUCCGGACGUCAGUGACAACGAACCGGAUCACUACCGCUACUCGGACACUACGGACUCUGACCCUGAGAAUGAGACGUUUGAAGACGACCUCCAAAGUCAGAUCACUAAAGUCUGACCGUCUCUCUCUCAAACAUAUAUCUAUGUAUAAGUGUACAUAAUUCAGAACGGAUCUGUGGACUCUGGAUUAAAGGAGCUCAGAUUAUAACCCCAAACAUCCUUCAUCUACUCGCUGGACAAUCAUGACGUGACGAGCAGCAGGAGGGGAACUGUGCUGCAGGAGUGGGCGGGGCCUUGAGGGGGACGUUUAAGAAAGCGCUAAUCUCAGAAACCAUAAUCCAAACCUUCAUUUUAUCUCUCCUUCCUCCGGAACAGAUUCAGGAACCUUCAUCCUGAUUCUGGUUCUGUCCAAGUCUGGUUCGGUUCCAUUCGUUUGGCUAUUUCCAGAAUCACAUCGGAUUAUUUCCUGUUUUUUUUUUUUUAUUUUAAAUAUAUCUAUAUAGAUAUAUCUAUAUUCACCACAUUCCUGUCUGCAUCAGGUCCAAAUCCAAACCGGCAGCAUCAGAAGGACCUGAUGGCGGGCUUUGACCCAGCCUUCUGCUGGGAAGCUGCAGAAGGUUCUGUUUUAGGAUUUAAAGUAAAACCUGGAAGCUCCAGCUUCCAUCAGUCACUAAGCUAAACAGCAAACAAGCUCCUCCCAUUGCGACCGCUCUGGUUCUGGACUCUUCGGGUCCGGUCCGUCCAGAGAAGCUCCUCUGGUUGUUCGGCAGCUUCAUCAAUUUGUCGGAUCGUAUGAGAUAUGGAGCUUUCUGGGAAUGGAGGCCAGGACUGGGAAGGAACCUGAGGUCUGCAGAACCUUCAGAACCGCUGGUCUGAAACUGUAGCUGAACUGGUUUCUGGUGCUGAUCCGGCUUGCAGAUGGUUCCGCUCUAGAACUUCCAUGUGUGAUUCUGGUUCACACAUUUGGUCUGGAAACGUUUCCCUCCAGAUCUGGAUGUUGGUCCGUUAAUGGAAGGGUGGAAGUCCGAUCACUGGUUGGAGUGUUAGUGUCUGGAAGAACGUGUGCCUGAGGUCCGGUACAGGAAGCUGAGCGGUUAUGUCCGGAUCCGAUGGGUCAAACGUAGAACUGAGGUAUUUGGAGCAGUGGCUCAGAACAUUGACCCAGUCAGUCCUCCAUCUGCGGCGCCGUUGUUCUCAGACCUGAUAGAACCUGGGUCUGCCUGGUUCAGAAAUGUCAUUGGACCUCUAAGGUUCGGUUUCUGCCUCCGUUCCGGUUCUGAACCAGAAGCUCCAUCAGAUGUUGUCUUUACGGUUCAGAUUCUGCUGGCUCUUUGUCCUCCACUCACAGAGUUUCCAUUUUUGUUUCUGCUAAUGAAGAACAAAGUCUUGGUCCGUUGGCGUUUCUACCAAUCAGAACCGUCCCAAUUCAUGAUGUCAGCGCUCCGUUUCAUUCGGUUCUGCUGCUCAGCCGAUUUUAAAUAUUCAAUCACAGCUGUAGAACAGAGAGGGUGAUGGGUUCUGCUCAUCGGAACCACCUGAUCAGACGGAUCCACGCUGUGACUGUAUUAGCUGUUGUCAAUCGGACCUCUCGACCCGACCCCUUUUAUUCUGUCGCUACUCAUUUUAUAAAGGAAAAAAGCACUGUAAAGUGAAUAAACUAUUUAUAAACA